AAAUUUUCCAUAAACAAAUUGCAAUCUGUCAAAAAUGAUAAAAAUGUUUUGAACAAAACAUUUACACCGAAAAAACUUUACAGAAAAACUCCGUAAACACUCAUAUUAAUCCGGUUCUAACAGCGUCUAAUGAAAUUCCAUACUUUUCAAGCACGGUAUUAUCUUUUUUACCUCAGUAACUAACCGAAAAUAUGGACAGUGGGGAGCAGUUCUCCCUGUGCUGGAAUAAUUUCCACUCUAAUCUAAGUUCUGGCUUCCACAAUCUGUUGAAAGAUGAGGAUUUAGUUGAUGUUACUUUGGCAGCCGAGGGGCAAUUUGUCAAGGCCCACAAAACAGUCCUGUCAGUGUGUAGCCCCUUUUUCAAAGAGUUAUUUAAAGUAAACCCGUGUAAACAUCCGAUAGUAAUACUACCUGAUGUCAAUUAUGCAGCAUUAAGGAGCUUGUUGCAAUUUAUGUAUCAGGGAGAGGUCAGCGUGAGCCAGGAAGAAAUUCCUGUGUUUAUGAAGGUAGCGGAGACCCUUAAGGUUAAAGGACUAACAGAUAAUUCUGAAACUCCAAAUGGUUUUCAAUCAAAACCAACAUUUGCACCAAGUAUUUCAAAGAGUGCAGCACGUCAAACAAAGAAAAUGGUACGCCCUAUGCAUUCCUUAAGGCCACUAGAAAGUCCUAAACCAGCACAAAGUCCACAGCUCAAUAUCCAAGGACCUCUCGCCAAGAGGAUUCAUUUAGAUUCUGGUGGUACUCCUCCACCAACAGCUUUAAAAAUCGAUCCUUCACAACAACAAAACGAGGCUCUAUCUCUGAUAAAACCAAAGGAUGAACCUCUGGACUGUGAUACAGAAACCGGGUCACAAAGUUGCAUAGAUGAAUCAAGUAUGGAUUUGGCAAAUAUGUUAGAUACACAGUUGAGUGGGGCACCUUCGCCAUCACAUCAGCUAACACCAUGGCCAGCACCAAGCGAUAUGAACCCUGUUAUUAGUAGUGACGAGUCACAACCUGGUAGUUUACGGAUAAUCAAAAGUGGAAAGGGUCAAUUGGUCCUGAUACACAACGGUCACAUGUACACCUUCGUAGAACAGCGCGAAAAUCGUAGUUUAUGGAUAUGCGUGAAGAAAAAAAUGCUCAAUUGCUGCGGCUGUUUGAUUACCGCCCACGGACAGCUGCUUAGCGCUAUCGGUCACAAUCAUAACCAGAUUCACGACGUAAUUCAAAGGCUGAUGGUCUCGAAAUCGACCACGUUUCACCCGCACUGAUCCCAAAACUCGCACGAAUUUCCCCGCUUAAAAGUGGCUGAUUUUUGGGGUAUUCUGCGAAUAAACCACCGGUUUACCCGACUUGUAAUCACUUCACCAAAGCUACUUAUCGAUGUCAUUCACUAAAAAUGAUAGACGUGAAACAUUUUCAUGAAAGAUUCUACGAAGUUAAGAAAAAACAGGUACAAGAUGCAUUUAUUUUGAAAUAUAUUGAUAUAAGAAAGCCAAAACGUGACGGAGCUACAAAACCAACCUCAUACAAUAAAUUAUUUUGUCAAAGUGUACAAUACUGAUAAGUUCCAUAUACAGGUCUGUCAAAAAACUUUUUUAAGCAUUUUACAUAUAACAAAGAGCAGAGUUCAAAGGGUUGCUAAUCGCUAUAUUAAAACUAGUAAAAUGCCUGUUGAAAAAAAAGGUGGCGCUAGAUCAAAAGAAUUAAAUAUAGUGAAAAGGAACUCUGUGAAGGCUUUUAUUGAAAGAUUAAGAGGUGUAGAAAGUCAUUACUGUAGAGGUAAAAGUAUGAGACAGUACCUUUCUUGUGAUCUUUCUAUUAAAAAAAUUAUGGACAUGUACAAUAAUACUGCGCCCAAUAAUUUAAAGGUAAAAAGAAGUUUCUUUAGAAAAAUGUUCACACAAGAUUAUAAUAUUGGCUUUGGGUCGCCAGUUACCGAUGCUUGCUCAAAAUGUAUCUCGCUAUCAGAGCAAAUAAAGACAACAAAAGAUGUUAAUCUAAAAAACCAACUUAUUAUUGAAAAAAGGGUACAUAAGUUGCGCAGUAAAACAUUUUAUGACUUUUUGAAGGAAGAGAAAGAUGGGAUGUUGACUUUCUCCUAUGACUGUCAAAAAAAUUUAGUAAAUCCAAAAGUACCUGAUCAAGUAGCAUAUUACAGUAGGCGACUAUAUACUUAUAAUUUUUCUGUUGUAAAAGGGACGUCUUCUUCUCAAUUAACAAAAACAAACGUAUUUUUUAUUACCAAAAAAGCUCAAAUGAAAUCGCAUCUGCAGUAUUUUACUUGCUUUCAUUUAUUGAUAUGAACAACAUUAAGAAACUAAGACUUUGUGCAGACGGAUGCGGAGGACAAAAUAGAAACUCAGUAAUGGUUGGCAUGCUCGUCUACUAUUUCAGUAAAAUGUCUUCAAUUUCUUUAAAAGAAAUUGAAUUAGUUUUUCCAGUCAGGGGUCACUCUUUUUUACCAUCCGACCGUGUGUUUGGCAGAAUAAAGAAAAAAUUAAGAAAGAUGCCUACUAUAACAAACCCAAACACCUAUAUAGAACUCUUUGCAGAAAAAGCAACAGUUUUUAAAUUAGAAGAUUGUCAGGUACGAGAUUGGCGAAAAACAGCUAAAGAGUGUUUUAAAGGAGUGCAGUCGUGGCAUUUUAAAAUAUCUCAAUAUAAGAGGAUCAUUCUUACGAAGAACAAGAAAGGAGAUGGGACAGUGCGAGGAGAGGAAUUCUAUAGAAUUGAUUUUGGCAAGGCUACGAGUCUAUGGAAGCGCGGAAAAAAUAGUUCCAACAUAAGUCUUUACAAUCUUUCAAAAAGAGUGCCUGCAAAAGUUAAAGAUAUUCAAACCUUAUUGAACUCUCAUUUUGGUGACCAGUGGAUGGACAAUUCUGAGUGUGAGUUUUUUAGAAACUUAAUGGAAAACUGAUACUAUCCAAGAGCAAGAAGAUGAUAACUUUUGCCAAUUAUCAGAGGAGCCUAAAGACCUUAAAAUUUAGUUUUUUAAAGCAUUUUUUUGUUAACAACCACUUUUGUUAUCAACCACUUUUUUUGUUUCUCAGUUGGUAAAUUAAAAUUUGUCAUACGAAAUAAAAGGUUUAAUUUAGUUUAA